CACCGCUCUAUAUAUAUUCUCUCUUUCUUUCUAUCUUCCGUAUCGUUCGUUUCUCUCUCCUAAUCGUAUUUAGGGUUUCUUCUUCCUGUCGAUUUUUCAGCGCUUCGCUAAUCGUUCGAACUUCCGAGAAGAUUUCGUAUUGUCCACCACCCGAUUCGCGACGUUGAGUUUCUAGGGUUGUUUCGUCUUCAACGUUUCAGAUCUGUGUCAUUGUUCUGAUAAUUCUGCGAUUGUCGAGAUGCCUCCGAGGACGGUAAAGAGAGGGGCGGCGUCGGCGGGGUCGAAGAGAGGUGGGAGGGUUACCAGAGGGACGCCCAAGAAACAAGAUCCGCCGSCGGAGCGAGAAGUUCCUGAAGAGACGGUGAAGGUCGAGGAGGUCUCGGUGGUUGAGGUUGAAACCAAGGAGCUUCGUGAGGAAGUCACGGUGAAGGAAAAAGAAAAAAGCCCUGUCGUCGAAGAUAAGCCUGUAAUUCAGAGUAAGCCGGUUGUUGUUGAAGAGAAACAACCAAUUGCCAUAGAUGUCGAGGAGGUCGAACCUCCGCAUGACGUCAGAUCGGAUUCGAAACAAUCGGUUCCUCCGAAGAAAGAAGAAGAAGUAAAAGAUGAUGAGUAUGGAAAGGAUGAACGCUUGGAUCUUGAAGAUAAUGAUCCUGAAUCUGAGCCCGAGGAGUAUGGGGGGUUUGAGUUUGAUGAAAAAGAAAUUGAACAAGAGGAUGUUCAGGAGGUGGUAGAUGGGGAUGGGGAACCUGAGGACAAUGUGGGCGACGAGGAGGGUGAAGAAGAUGUUGAGGAUGUUCAGGAGGAUCCCGAGGGCGAGGAGGAUGAUCAGCAAGCUGCUGAAGACCAUGAACAUGCUGGCAUGGUCGAUGCUGAUGAGGAAGAGCAUCAUGAAGUAUUCAAGGAGAGGCGCAAACGCAAAGAAUUUGAAGUGUUUGUUGGAGGCUUAGACAAGGACGUAAAAGAGGAGGAUCUGAAGAAAGUGUUCAGUGCAGUUGGUGAAGUUACUGAAGUGAGGCUAAUGAUGAACCCCCAGACAAAGAAGAAUAAAGGUUUUGCGUUCUUACGCUUUGCCACAGUGGAAGAGGCAAAACGUGCUGUGUCAGAGCUGAAGAACCCAGUGAUCAAUGGGAAACAAUGUGGUGUGACUCCAAGUCAAGACAGCGAUACCCUGUUUCUUGGUAACAUAAACAAGACAUGGAAAAAGGAUGCUCUGAAGGAGAAGUUGAAACAUUAUGGAGUUGAUAAUGUUGAGGAUUUGACGUUGGUAGAAGAUAGUAAUAAUGAAGGGUCAAAUCGUGGAUUUGCCUUUUUGGAAUUUUCAUCUCGUUCAGAUGCCAUGGAUGCCUUCAAGCGUCUUCAGAAAAGGGAUGUGGUAUUUGGAGUUGAUAGACCUGCCAAAGUGUCUUUUGCUGAUUCUUUUAUUGACCCUGGUGAUGAAAUAAUGGCACAGGUGAAGACUGUAUUUGUUGAUAGCUUACCUGCCUCAUGGGAUGAAGAAUUUGUUCGAGGACUUCUUAAGAAAUAUGGGGAGAUUGAAAAAAUUGAGCUUGCCCGGAAUAUGCCUUCAGCAAAGAGAAAGGAUUUCGGUUUUGUUACAUUUGACUCACAUGAUGCUGCAGUUUCCUGUGCAAAAAGCAUCAACAACUCAGAGCUGGGAGAAGGGGAUAACAAGGCUAAAGUGAGGGCUAGAUUAUCUAGACCACUACAAAGGGGAAAAGGAAAACAUGCUGGUCGUGCAGAUUUUUGGCCUGGGCGUACAUCUGGACGAGCAGUUAGGGGUUCAUGGGGGCGACCAGCUCCUCGAAGUCUUUCUGUUCGAGGAGUUAGAGGUGUUGGCAGUCAUUUCCCACCUGUCAGUGUAAAGAGGCCUGGUGGAGUUAGAGAUAGACGUCCUGUCAUUGCAGUUCCAGUACGAGGAAGACAAAUUGCUCCUGUAGCCAGGUCUUAUGACAGGGGACCUCCUGUUGCUUCUUACUCAAAGAGUAACUUAAAGAGAGAUUAUGGUCGACGUGAGGAGCUGCAUCCAUCAAGAAGCAGAGUUCUUGUUGAUUAUGCCUCCAGGGUUGUACCAGAAAGGAAUCCACCCUAUAGAGAUGAAUAUGCUUCUCGGGCCCCUGGGUUUUCUGACCCACCUCGUAGAGAUGCACCCAGGAGAGCUUAUUUAGAUGAUGGAUAUGGCCGAAGGUUUGAAAGACCCCCUCCUCCAAGCUACCGUGAUGUACGUGCACGUGAUUAUGAUGCCAUAAUUGGAUCAAAACGCCCGUAUUCUUCAUUGAGUGAUGUGCCUCCAGCUUAUGCUGAUGCUGGUGUUCGUCAAUCAAGAAGUCGUUUAGAAUAUGAAUAUGGUGCUGGUGCUUCUCAGUAUGGAGAUGCCUAUGACAGCAGGAUUGGCAGAUCUAAUAUUGGAGGAUAUGAUAGUCGAAGUUCUAUCUCAGGUUCUUUUAGUAGUGACGUUGGUGGAAUGUACUCAUCCAGCUAUGGUGGUGAUUAUAUAUCUCGUGGUAGCAAUGUUGGUGGCAGCUCUUACUCUUCAAUGUACCCUGGACGUAGUGUGGGGGGCAGCAGUUACAUGGGUAGCAGUGGAUCUGGUUCAUACUAUUGAUACUUAAUAAGAGAAAGAGGCUCCUGUAGGGAUGUGGACAAAUGUAUGGAAGCUUUUGCAUUACUGCCUACGGUUCUGGGAAGGAAAGUUUAUCAAGAUUAACAGCCUCUGAACUUUAUUUCUAGAAUAUGUAUUGAAUGAUGGAUCGUUCUUGGUUAAGUUGUUAAGACCUUACUGGUUUUUGAUAUUUGUAAUUCUGGAUUGGAGCAUGUAAGGGAUCUUGUGACAUAUUCAGAAAUGAAGAAAGAUGUGCCUGAUUGUGCAUAUUUAUAAGUUGCAUUUA